AUGGAGAAGAGAUCGGAGGAAGAGAAGCAAGCUGCUGCGAAAGCCGAAUAUGAGAAACUUCUUACGAUGCGAUCUGGUGGUACCUAUAUACCACCUGCGCGCCUACGAGCUCUACAAUCCCAGAUCACCGACAAAUCGAGCAAAGAAUAUCAGCGAAUGGCCUGGGAAGCUUUGAAGAAGUCAAUCAACGGUUUAAUCAACAAAGUCAAUGUCUCAAACAUAAAACAUAUCGUGCCAGAGUUGUUCGGAGAGAAUCUGAUCAGAGGUCGAGGGUUAUUCUGUAGGAGCAUUAUGAAAGCCCAGGCUGCCAGUUUACCAUUCACACCAAUAUAUGCCGCCAUGGCCGCGAUCGUCAAUACGAAACUUCCCCAGGUUGGAGAGCUUCUGUUAAAGCGUCUUAUAGUGCAGUUUAAAAAAGGUUUCAAGAGAAACGAUAAGGCUGUCUGUCUUUCUGCCACCACAUUCAUUGCCCAUCUUUGUAAUCAACAGGUAGCAAAUGAGAUUGUCGCGGCCCAGAUUCUAUUGUUGCUUCUCAAUAAGCCGACGGACGAUAGUGUAGAAAUUGCGGUUGGGUUGACGCGUGAGGUGGGUCAACACCUCGAAGAGAUGAGCGGGCCUAUUGCUCUAGCCGUGUUCGAUCAAUUCAGAAAUAUUUUGAAUGAGGCAGAUAUUGACAAACGAGUGCAAUAUAUGAUUGAAGUUCUUUUCCAAGUCCGAAAAGACAAAUAUAAAGAUAAUCCUGCGAUCAAAGAAGAGUUGGAUCUCGUGGAGGAAGAAGAUCAAAUCACACAUCGCAUGGCCUUGGAUGAUGAUAUUGAUGUCCAGGAUGGGCUGAAUAUUUUCAAAUUCGAUCCUGAAUGGGAACAAAACGAAGAACUAUACAAACGACUUAAAGCGGAAAUUCUUGGAGAGGGAAGUGACGAUGAGGAUGAUGACGACGAGGAAGACGAUAGUGAGGAUGAUGAGGAGAAGAAAGAAGAAAAAGCUUUAGAAAUAAAGGAUCAGAGCAACACGGACCUCGUCAACCUACGACGAACCAUAUAUUUGACUAUCAUGUCUAGUAUCGACCCCGAAGAAUGUUGCCAUAAGCUGAUGAAAGUUACACUACCACCCGGACAAGAGCCAGAACUUCCUUCCAUGGUUAUUGAAUGUUGCUCCCAGGAGAGAACAUACUCAAAGUUUUAUGGGCUCAUUGGAGAGCGGUUUGCAAAGAUAAAUCGUCUUUGGACCGAUCUUUUUGAACAAUCAUUUGCAAAAUACUACGAUACCAUACAUCGUUACGAAACAAACAGGUUACGAAACAUCGCGAGAUUCUUUGGCCACCUUCUUAGUUCCGACGCUCUUGGCUGGCACGUUCUGUCUAUUGUACACCUGAAUGAAGAAGAGACAACAUCAAGCAGCCGUAUAUUCAUCAAAAUUCUUUUCCAGGAUCUAUCGGAAGCAAUGGGAAUGGCAAAAUUGCAAGCUCGCUUGAAGGACGAUAUACUGCGACCUUAUUUCGAAGGAUUGUUCCCCCGAGAUAACCCUCGCAACACAAGGUUCUCCAUCAAUUACUUCACAAGUAUUGGGAUGGGUGCUAUCACCGAAGAGAUGCGCGAAUACCUACAGAACAUGCCAAAACCAGCGCUGCCAGCCUUACCUGCGGCUGCUGCCGAUGCUACAUCAGACUCAGGAAGUUCUGUUCUUCCUAUUCAAGAUCCCGCUCUCGUUCUCGGUCUCGGUCUCGCUCCCUCUCCCGUUCUCGGUCUCGGUCUCGGUCACCAUCCCGCUCUCCGUCCCGCUCUCGUUCCCGGACUCGUUCCCGGACUCGUUCCCGGACUCGGUCUUUAUCUCGGUCUCUAUCUCGGUCGCGCUCUCCAUCUCGUUCUCGAUAUCGCUCUCGUUAUCGCUCUCGGACUAGGUCACGGUCCCGCUCCCCAAGUCGAUCACGCUCUCCACCUAAACGAUCUCGCAACGGCGAUAGGUACUCGCGAUCGCUCUCCUCGGAGCGGGCACCGAAACGACAGCGACGAUUGUCCGAUUAGAUUUCGAUUAACCGGACACUACAAAUUGCAUUUGCUUAAUAAGGGGGCUUUCUGGGAACGGGGCGUGAUACAAAUGUAUUUAAUUUUAAUACCCAGUUCAAUCAAGAACAGUGAAUUUCAAUCAACCUUCCAACAUACUGCUUGUAAUUUUGUGAUAAUCGGAGAUGAUUCAAGCCGAAUUACUUUUCGGCGCCACCAGCGCCCGCAUGACAACUUCAUCGUUCGAGUCAGCUGUUGGAGGUAA